GGCCGGCAUUGUUGGAGAAUGGCGUCUGCCUUGAAUAUUUGUUUGUGGUGGCUGUGUAGUUUUCUUGCCAUUCACUGCAGUAUAACGAAGGAUCAUCACAGUGAUAGUUUCACAGAAGAACUCUUCGUAAAGCCUUUAUCUAGUGGUCAUGUUUAUAGUUAUUUUCUUUUCACAACAAGAUGGAACAUUGACAGAGCGAAGCAAACAUUCCAACACUUCCGGCUCUUUCCUCUGUCCCUUGGUGAAAUUGUGAGCCAGCAGCACGUCCAGGAACUACACCUCUCACUGACACAGGGCCGCUGGCAGCAUCUUAAAUGGGGCUACCCUUUUCAAGAGGCACCACCAGGUGCUCAUCUUUGGGCCUGGUUUGUCCCUGACACCUCGAGCGUUUCCAGUGCUUGGAAGAACUUGACGAAUGCUUUGUCAGGCCAGCUGUGUGCAUCACUCAAUUUUGUUGAUGACACAGUGACUGUGAGUCCGAAGCGAUCUUUCCGGCCUCAAGGAUGGGUUCGUUCGGCCAACUCAUCGCUUUUGCGGUAUGCUGCUUUGCCACGCGAGUCAGUCUGCACAGAGAACUUGACGCCAUGGAAGAAACUUUUACCAUGCAGCAGCAAGGCGGGACUUGCUACAUUGCUGCAUGCCCUGCAACUGUUCACAGCAAACUACAUGUCCCUGGGUCUAGACCUGAAGACAGUCUGCCAGGAUGAAAAUUGUCUGCACGCCAUCCUGGAGCUACAAAUGUCAGUGUCAUUGGUUAUUGAUGCUGUGGCUGCACAAAAUGGAUACCAGACAUGGUCUCUCAGCAAGUUAUUCGGAGCUGGCCUCAAGACUUCAUGCCCUUUAGCUUCCAUGAGUACCAUCUACGUUGAUGUAUCUAAUAAUGGUAGUGUAGGAACAUACCGGCUUAGCCCUGAGCCCACACAGCUGGUUGUCUCUGGAGGGGGUGCUUACCAGCGUAGAUUGGCCAUUUAUGACCUGAAACGCCAUGUGGCCCAGGGACGGUUCAACCUAGCAGCCCAGUAUGAAAAGCCCCACAUCUACUGGAUUAUCCCAGAGCCGCCCCUUCACAUCACCCGCUACAUUCAAGGUUAUGGUCUUGAGCGUGGUGGAAUAGUCAAUCGUAUCAAGAAUAAUCACCCUACAAAAGCUGUACGAGUUGUGCUGCUCGAUGUCAUUCCCUGGUUUCUUCCCAUAUACCUGCACACAUUGAAAAUUUCCUCAGGUUCAAGGCAGCUGAAAGCAGAGCAUGUGAGCUACCAACCAGGUCGUGAUCGAGAGAGGCCACACCAUCUGGAGAUUACCCUCAUGCUCCCCCCAGCAGCAGAGACAAUUGUGGCAUAUGAAUUUGAGCGAGCCUUCCUCAAAUGGACCGAGUAUCCGCCCGAUGCCAACCAUGGCUUUUAUGUUGGGGCAGCUGUACUUAGCGCUCUUCUGGAUGAACCUGUGGCCAACUACAGCGGUGACAUCUCACUUUGCCCUAGUCUGAGGCACUGUAUUACUGGGACAGCAUCAGCACUCAACGAAAAAGGCAGUUCAGGAAAGCAGUUUGUGCGCAUCUACACUGAGACCUUGUUGGUAUCACUGCCAACACCUGACUUCAGCAUGCCAUACAACGUCAUCUGCCUUGCCUGCACCGUAGUUGCUUUAGCCUUUGGACCCAUACAUAACAUAGCCACCAAUGCGUUGACCACUGUUGAAGCGAAGAAAGGAAGUGAAGGACUGCUACGGCAACUAGCAUCCAAGGCGAAACGAUUGUUCCGUAAGAGUCCCUCAGAAGGCUCUGGUGGUGGCGACAGUGGUGAUCAAGAGAAGAAGAACAAAUAAUUUAGGCUUUCUAUUAUUUAGUUAUACUUAUCACCAUCUACAUGCGCAUAUUUGUGCAUGUAACCUGUAUAUAUAGUGUUAUACAAAUUCAUUUAUCAUGCUAAUAAAUUUUGCUUUUGUUAUCAUGA